UAGCCUAGAUGGCCGAAGAUAUCGCGAAGCUGUGCGAAACCGUUCCUCCGGAUUUAGCGGACCUGAUUAAAAAAUACCCCGAGAUUUUCCCGGACGACUUGCCCGCUGGACUUCCGCCGAGCCGACCAGAAGACCAUCGCAUCGAGCUGGAACCAGGCGCCCAACCGACAGUACAGCGACAAUUUCGGCUCAGCCAACCAGAAUUGGAAGAAUUGCAGCAACAGCUGGAUUACCUUAUGACUAAGGGAUUUAUCUGGCCCAGCACGUCCCCAUACGCCGCCCUGGUCCUAUUCACACCGAAAAAGGACGGAGGAUUCCGCAUGUGCAUCGAUUACCGCGCGCUCAACAGAAUCACAAUCAAGUCGCGUUACCCGAUCCCGCGAGCCGACGAACUACUCGACCAACUUCACGGAGCCAAGUUCUUCUCGAAAAUCAACUUGCAAGGGGGUUACCAUCAAAUUCGCAUCGCCGCUGACGAUUGUCACAACACCGCAUUUCGUACCCGCUACGGCAGUUACGAAUACUUGGUGAUGCCUUUUGGCCUCACGAACGCACCCUCGACUGUUCAGAUGACCAUGAACGACAUUUUCAGGGAACUCUUGGAUAAAUGCGUUAUUAUCUACCUCGACGACUGCAGAGUUUUUUGGGUUUCGUCAACUACGAUCACGCUUCAUACCACCGCCACCGGACACUAUUUUAAUAAGCGUGAUACUUCUCGUAUCUGGGUGCCCGGCUACGAUUUACUCCGCACCCUUCUAAUACAGGAAUCCCACGACAACCCUACCUCCGGGAAUUUCGGAGUCGACAAAACUAUUAAGACGUUGCAGCGCAACUAUUAUUUGCCGAACAUGGCCGACGACGUGCGUAAUUAUGUGUCCUCCUGCACCGCCUGCCAGAUCAUGAAAUCCUCCCAUCAGCGAGCAGCUGGACUACUACAGCCAUUGGAUCCGCCCGAGCUACCCUGGCAACACAUCACGAUGGACUACGUGACAGGAUUGCCGGCCGGUCAAAGCGGAAACGACGCCAUCCUCAUGGUCAUUGACCGACUCACAAAAAUGGCGCACUUCAUCGCCUGCCAACAGUCGAUUAUAGCUGAGCAAACUGCCCAACUGUUCAUCGCCAACGUCAUUCGACUACAUGGACUGCCUACCGCCAUCAUUUCGGACCGAGACCCGAAAUUCACAUCGAAUUCUGCACCACCUGUGGGACCAAUUCGGCACCAAACUACACUUUUCCUCCGCCUACCAUCCACACACCGACGGGCAGACCGAACGAGUCAACCAAACUAUGGAGCAACUCAUUCGGACUACCUGUACUGACCCACAGACAUGGGAGAAAUCCU